UUCCUCGAGUUUUAGUAAGGUGCUGUUGAUAGUGUAGUUUGGAGUCACCAAGACUCAGAACUGAGAAUAGCAGGCGCACAUUCAUCGCCCUGAAACAGUUUUUUAACUCUCCAUUCCAAUAUUUCAUGAUUUGUAUAUUUGUGUAAAUAGAUUACUUCUAUUUUUAUAACGAGACAACAACAAGAUGGAACUUAAUUCUCUCUUAAUUCUGCUGGAGGCUGCAGAGUACUUGGAAAGAAGAGACAGAGAGGCAGAACACGGUUAUGCGUCUGUUUUACCAUACAGUAGCGACUUUUCCAGAAAGAAAACGAAAACCUCGCCUAUUUCCAGAAAAACUCAGAACAAUAGAUCGUCGCACAACGAGCUGGAGAAACACAGCGUGUAGCAGAACCCACGGUGGCCGCGAAACUCGCGAAAAACACGAAAGGUCGUCUCUAGAGCCAGUGCUUGGUUCGAAAUAUGGCAGUGCAACAUGGCGGACUCCGCGGAAGAGGACCCGCUCCCUCUGUAGAUAUAAAGGGCUCAUUCUAAGACGUGCCAAACUACGGCUGUACUUGGAGCAGCUGAAGAAGCUGGUGCCUUUAGGUCCAGACAGCACGAGACACACCACACUGAGCUUGCUGAAAAGGGCCAAGAUGCACAUCAAGAAGCUGGAGGAGCAGGACAGGAAGGCUUUAAAUGUGAAAGAGCAGCUGCAGAGAGAGCACCGCUACCUCAAACGCCGCCUGGAGCAACUUUCUGUGUCCGGAUCAGUUGAGCGCAUCCGCACUGACAGCAUGGGCUCGACCAUCUCCACCGACUCCGAGCAAGAGGUGGACAUUGAGGGCGUGGAGUUCACUCCUGUGGAGGCGGACAGCGUGGACAGUAUCAGCGACGGCGAGGAGGAAGACCACUACAGCCUCCAGAGCAGCUCCAGCGACACCAGCUACACAGCCACACAUUCCCACAGACUGCAGCCGCACCACUGUUAAGACACCAUGCGGCCAUCCAUUUCCCAACCAGCUUCCUCCAACAUGCUUCCUUUCCCUCCCCGACCAUUCGCGAUCAUCAACGCCGCCCACUACCUUCAUCAGACCAGACAGCAGCGGUACACCCUGAACCUGUUCCUUCUUUUCCUGGCCCUGGCUCUCCAGGAAGCACAUGAGGCUGAAAUGCCACUCCAGCCUUCCUGACCCCCCUGACCACUGACCCUACCUCACCCUACUGUAUCCUGCCUGAACCUGCCCCUCCUGACACGCCCUGCCCUCCCACUGCCCUCACAACCCCUACCUAGUGUUGCCGCAGGCUAAGAGAGAACAGCACAGUGUUUGUGGUUUUAAUGGGGCUUUCUGUGGUGUGGUGGACAGCUUUGACUUGUUAAUCAGAAUUUUGUGAAGUGCGUGUUUGUGCGGUGUGUGUGAGAGACCAAGCCAGGAAGUUUAAGAGAGGUCAAAAACAAAAUAUAAGCGUCACGUCAUCUCCAUGGCCAUAACACACAGGCAAGGCGUUGCACUAAGUUUGUGAUGUAAAAGGUAAAGACCUUCUCUUUGUUCUGCAAUAUAUGCAAUAGGGGGACCUCGAAAGUUAUUUACAACAUACAGUAUCUUCCCUUGACACGUUAAGACUUAGAGGAAUAGCUAUUGCAGUUCCUUGAAACAUUUGACUGCUGAAAAAAGGUCAAAGAUUAAAGGAAUAGUUUGACAUUUUGGGAAAAAUAAACAGACAUGAGUGGCAUAGAUCUUCGGAUUCCAACUUCCCCAAGCUAUUCUUUUAAUUGGUCCACUUUUUUUAUGUGCAGCAGUGCUUCUGCAACUGCGUGACCUACAAUGGGACUUUUUCAGUGGCUACUAUCAUUACUAAAUGUGGCCGAUCUUUGGCCAAAAACAAAUGAAAAAGUUACAGAGCUGUACCAGAGAAGAAAGAAUGUAUAUAAAUGUACAGUUACUAUCCAAACCGUCAAGUCUCCCUCUGGUUGGGUUGCCUAACCACUACUCCACACUACUGACCACUACACUAUACCACCCUAUGGUGUGGAUGGACUACUAUGUCGAAUAAAAAAAAAAGGAGUUGCCUCAGAACUAAAACUCUAUUACUUAAAGAUUGAAUAAAAUCUUGUGUUUCCUCAGUAGCGAAUUGAUGUAGCAAUAAAUACAAGAGGGCUUCCUCUGAGUAUUUAAAUGAUUCUGGUGGAGCAUGAGGUGUCACGGGAGACUUUUCUUUUUCCUUUUUACCCUGUAGAUGGCAAGUGGGUGCUUACGGAGAGCAGACCUGCAGAAAAAGGGGCAGUUCUCCUUUUUCUGUUUCACUAAUGGAUCCUUCUUUCUGCUCACGGUGCCAUUCACCCAGAAUUUGAAUUUCUCUACAGCUCUGCUACUUUUUCAAGCAGUUUUCAUGCGUGUGUGGAUUGUUUUUGUUCUGAUUACCAAGUCAAAGCUGCAUAUGUGGAGAAAAAAAUAUUAAAAAGGAGAAAAAAAAAGAAAAAAAAAAGAAAAAGAAAAAAAAAGGGCCAGCUCUAAAGAUUGGUUCUCUAUAGAGGCGUUCAUUUUAGCUAAUUUAGCAAAAUAAUUACAUUUACCUUCUUUCUACUCUGUUGCUUUUUUUUCCUGGAGGUUCUAGGCACUGCUGAAGACCGGUGCAGAAGAAAUUUCUUCUCUAACCUGUCUGUAACUUAUGCACAAUAGUCACUAUUGACGGAGGAGGCGCUUCUGUCGCUCUCUGACUAUUUAAUAAUCAUUAGGCGUCAGUCUCUGGCAGUCCUUAGAGCUUGGCGUCCCAACACUUACAAAAAUGAGGGCCGGUCCACCGUGGCAGGUCUGACCAAAAAAAUUUUAAACUACGAAAGACUCAACGAAAAAAAAACUUGCAUACAAAAGAAGCUGUGUCACAAAAAGUGAUAUUAGUCAGUGUAGUCUAUAUUUCUUGUAUUAAAUUUUGUAUUAUAUUUUCCUAAAUGUUCUCUUGUAAUGAAAAGACAAAAAAAGAGUAAGUAUAUACAGAUAUAUAUAGAGAGAGAGACAUAUGAAAGACAGACAGACACGAGGCCAGGCUUGUUGUAGGGAGAGUGGGGGCAGGGGAGCUGAUACACUGGCCCCUCUCCCUUUGAGUUACUCUCCUGCUGUCAUUCUGUGCCUUGGUGAGCCUUCGACUUCCCUUCUCCUCCUCCUCUUCAUCCCAUCUCCUCACCCUCGGCCCCUACUCAGGUCACACUCCCCUCCCUCUUCUUGUCCUCUGGCCGGGCUGAAAGCUUUGAUUUCAACCCUUACCAUGCCAAAACACUUCCAUGAGCAAGGGGCACUUGAAGAAAAGACCUCAUUUUAAAUAAAAAAAAACAAAACAAACAAUAAACAACCCCAGCCCC